AUGACAGGAGCAAAGACCAAUCAAGUCGAUCAGCGGCCACUCUCGAUCACCGAUCUUUUGCAUUUCAUUCCCUAUGACUUGCAACAAACCUUCCUUUUUGAGGCAAUACUCUCUUAUGGCAAGAUAUACAACCUAUACCCCAUCAAAUGGGUGUUUUUGAUUGCCUUGGCGCUGUUUGAGAUUGGCAGCCUCAUCUGUGGUGCCGCCCCGAGCUCUGUGGGCUUGAUCAUGGGCAGAGUGGUUGCUGGCAUUGGGUCUGGAGGACUGUUUGCCGGUGCUAUACUGCUUGUGGCAGAGUUCAAACCAUUGAACGAGCGUGCUUUCUACAAUGGCAUGCUUGGGGCCAUGUACUCAGUCGCAAGUGUUGCCGGCCCCCUCAUGGGAGGAGCCUUCACUGAGCGUGUGACCUGGCGUUUGUGCUUCUACAUCAAUCUGCCUCUCGGAGUGGUCACCGCUGUCAUCGUCUUCCUUCUUGUUCCAAACAAUUACGACUCUGGACGAGACAGCAGGCGAGGAUUGCCAUUGAAGAAAAAGCUUCAAGAAAUGGAUCUUUACGGCCUUGUUGUGCUUGUUCCUACCAUCAUAUGUAUUCUUCUGGCUACUCAGUGGGGCGGUACAAAGUACUCCUGGGGCAACGCGCGAAUUAUUGCUUUGUUCGUUGUAGGGUUUGUGCUCUUCGUGGCUUUCGUUGUCAUAGAGAUUUGGCAGGGCGAUAGAGCUAUCGUUCCUCCAAGCCUUGUCAAGAGGCGCACCGUGUGGGCCUGUUCUAUCUUCUCCUUCUGUCUCUUUGGCUCUUUCCUCGUUGUCGCUUACUUUCUUCCCUUGUGGUUUCAAGCCAUUAAAGGCGACACAGCGACCGAGAGUGGGAUUCACAAUCUCCCUAGCAUAUUGGGCACCACUAUCUUUUCAGUUGCGGCAGGUGGUAUGGUCUUCGGACUGGGCUACUAUACUUGGGCUUGCAUACUUGGUAGUGUGCUUGCAGCAGUGGGCGCUGGUCUUCUUUCGACGCUCGAAGUCGACUCCAAUGCGGCCAAGUGGAUCGGCUACCAGGUCCUCUACGGAGCCGGCUGUGGCUUUGGUCUCAACCAACCACUGAUAGCUAUUCAGGCUGCACUGCCAGACUUUCAGAAGUCCGAAGGCACCGCUGUAGUCAUCUUCAUGCAGACUUUUGGCGGAACUAUCGCAAUCGCUGUGGCGCAGAAUGUUUUCAAUAACAAGCUCGUGUCAAAUAUCUUGGCUGCCGGUAUACCUGUAGACCCAGCGGCACUGCUUUCCGUAGGAGCAACCAAGUUGCAAGGUCUAGUGCAACCACAAUUCUUCGGACGACUACAGCUAGCUUAUAACGAUAGCAUCACACAAACGUUCUACGUUGCCGUUGCAACUGCUGGAUUGAGUAUGGCUGGCUCGAUCCUCAUCCCUUGGUUAAGCGUCAAACAAGCGGUUGCUCCGGAAGAUGCAGAGACUGCCAACACUGUUAUGCCUUUCCAGCACCCAUCGAGCGACGUCGACCUGGCCAUGCCUGCGAUUCUGAGGCAAUCGGGAGAAAUUGCGAGCGAAGACAGCCAAUCAAGCGACAUUGAGAAGGUUCCGCGGAAUAAUGAAGUCUCCACUUAUGACAGCCAGACAAGCGAGGUGGAAAAGUCCUCCGUAGGAUCAACUAAUCGGAAAGUGGAGAGUAUCCGAAACUAG